AUGUCGCCGGGUUUGCAGACAGCGAGUGGCUUGUUCCUGGUGUUCGAAGUUGGCGAUGUCAAAAGAAGAGUGAGGCAAAAAAAGGUUCUCCCACUAGGCCCAAAAAGGACUAGCUCCACUCCCUCCUUUCGCGCCAAACAGAAAAGAUCUUAUCAGUUUGAGGCUACGAUUCCAACGGCAACGCUGGAAUUUUUCCAUCAACCGCAACCCACUCCCUCGACACAUCCUCUGACAAACGGUCAAGCUCAAGCAGCCAUGGGUGGUGCAUCUCGUGAAGGCGGCAAGGCCAAACCCCUCAAGGCCCCAAAGAAAGAGAAAAGAGAGCUUGAUGACGAGGAUCUUGCUUUUAGAGAAAAGCAGAAAGCUGAUGCCAAAGCCAAGAAGGAGCUCCAGGAGCUGGCUAAGGGCAAGAAAGGCCCUAUGAACACUGGUCAGCAGGGAAUCAAGAAGUCUGGAAAGAAAUAA